ACGCACGCGCGCAGGAACGGGGUCCGUGCAGGCCGGCAGAGAACACCACAGCAGAGACAAUGCGCGAGUGCAUCUCGAUCCACCUGGGGCAGGCGGGUUGCCAGAUGGGCAACGCCUGCUGGGAGCUCUACUGUCUGGAGCAUGGCAUCCAGCCGGACGGCCAGAUGCCCUCGGACAAGACCAUCGGCGGCGGCGACGACAGCUUCAACACCUUCUUCGCCGAGACGGGCGCUGGCAAGCACGUGCCGCGCGCCGUGUUCGUCGACCUGGAGCCCAGCGUGGUCGACGAGGUCAGAACGGGAACCUACCGCCAGCUCUUCCACCCAGAACAGCUCAUCACGGGCAAGGAAGACGCGGCCAACAACUAUGCGCGAGGUCACUACACCAUCGGCAAGGAGAUCGUGGACAUCGUGCUCGACCGGAUCAGGAAGCUGGCGGACCAGUGCACGGGUCUACAGGGGUUCCUGAUUUUCCACUCGUUCGGCGGCGGCACCGGCUCCGGCUUCACCUCGCUGCUGAUGGAGCGGCUCAGCGUCGACUACGGCAAGAAGUCGAAGCUCGAGUUCGCCAUCUACCCGGCGCCGCAGGUGGCCACGGCCGUGGUCGAGCCCUACAACUCCAUCCUGACCACGCACACCACGCUGGAGCACUCGGACUGCGCCUUCAUGGUCGACAACGAGGCCAUCUACGACAUCUGCCGCCGCAACCUGGACAUCGAGCGUCCGACCUACACCAAUCUGAACCGGCUGAUCGGCCAGAUCGUCUCCUCCAUCACCGCCUCGCUCCGCUUCGACGGCGCCCUCAACGUCGACCUGACCGAGUUCCAGACGAACCUGGUGCCGUACCCGCGCAUCCACUUUCCGCUGGCCACCUACGCGCCGGUCAUCUCGGCCGAGAAGGCCUACCAUGAGCAGCUGUCUGUGAGCGAGAUCACCAACGCCUGCUUCGAGCCGGCCAACCAGAUGGUCAAGUGUGACCCGCGCCACGGCAAAUACAUGGCCUGCUGCAUGCUGUACCGCGGCGACGUCGUGCCCAAGGAUGUCAACGCCGCCAUCGCCGCCAUCAAGACCAAGCGCAGCAUCCAGUUCGUCGACUGGUGUCCGACCGGCUUCAAGGUGGGCAUCAACUACCAGCCGCCGACAGUGGUGCCCGGCGGCGACCUGGCCAAGGUGCAGCGCGCCGUCUGCAUGCUCUCCAACACCACCGCCAUCGCCGAGGCCUGGGCCAGACUCGACCACAAGUUCGACCUGAUGUACGCCAAGCGCGCCUUUGUGCACUGGUACGUCGGCGAGGGCAUGGAGGAGGGCGAGUUCUCCGAGGCGCGCGAGGAUCUGGCCGCCCUGGAGAAGGACUAUGAGGAGGUGGGAGUCGACUCGGUGGAAGGGGAGGGAGAGGGUGAGGAGUACUAGUCGCCCCUCGCCUCUCUCUUCCCUCAACCUACGGCUUGUGCGCAUGCGUGCUCGAUUGCUUUUCGGUUGUCCCCGACCUUGCCGGUCUGUGAUCCUCGAUAAUCAGUCCAGCUUACUGACAAUGUUUUUACAGCCUUUCGUGUCGAAGCCUGUGUGUGAAGCCGCGAUCUCCGACCGAGAGCCUUGCCAGACCUCAGAGGGGAGUGGCUGGGGAACCACUAACUGCCUGUGAAAUGAUGCCGUGCCCAGCACGUCUGGCCUGACGAUCACGUGUCGUGGGUCCGUGUGGUGUGAGCACCGCCGCGCCCCCUGAUGGUUUUCUGUAUUGGUAGACCGAACAGACGUGCUCGGUUUUCUGCAUUGGUAGACCGGACAGACGUGCUCAGCUUCAAGCAAAGCCAAGUGGAACGCGUCACUCAUUCCUUGUCUCUUGAGAUUACGUCUUGAAUACAUUGCGAAGGUCUUC